GAGGACUAGCUACACUUUUCGGGGCGUUUCCAUGGUGACAUCACCAGCAGGCCACUGUGAGCCUAUGACUGUGAGCGACACGUACUGUUUUAUUAAAGAAAGUAAAGCAGGAAGAAGAAAGGCUGUCAAACAGUUAGCAAGCUAGUAGCAGAGGAGAGAGGAGACUGUCCGUGGAAGAAUCUCUACAGAUCUCGAUCCCUUGUUUCAUCAUGAACGUGUUUGACCGCAACAUCAACUUUGACUCCCUCUUCAAGUUCUCCCAAAUAUCUCAUUCCACCCAGGUGCAUUUGAAGAAUGUCUACUCCAGCCUGGCAGUUUGUAUGUUUGUGGCUGCGGCUGGCUCCUACGUCCAUGUCGUCACACGCCUCUUUCAGGGAGGUAUGUUGUCCGUGCUCGCCUCCCUGGGGAUGAUGUUUUGGCUCGCCAUGACGCCACACAACUCUGAGACAGAAAAGAAAAGACUGGCUAUCCUCGCAGGAUUUGCCUUCCUCACAGGUGUUGGCCUUGGCCCCACACUGGACUUUGUCAUCGCUGUCAAUCCGAGCAUCAUCGUGACGGCUUUCAUGGGAACCUCUGUGAUUUUCAUUUGCUUCACUCUCAGUGCUCUCUAUGCCAAACGCAGGAGCUACCUGUUCCUUGGAGGCACACUGAUGUCUGGCCUUUCCCUCCUGUUCCUAAUGUCUGUGAUGAACAUGUUCUUUGGAUCUGUGAUGGUGUUUAAGGCACACAUGUACCUCGGGCUGCUCAUCAUGUGCGGCUUCGUCCUGUUUGACACUCAGCUCAUCAUUGAGAAAGCCGAGAACGGAGACAAGGACUACAUCUGGCAUUGUGUGGACUUGUUCCUUGAUUUCGUCACCAUCUUCAGGAAACUGAUGGUCAUCCUCGCCAUGAAUGAUAAGGAGAAGAAGAAGGAAAAGAAGUGAAAGGUUUGGAAAUUAAAAAAACAAAUCUUGUCAGAAAAAAGGCACAAUUUGCAACGCACUUGGUGCUUUUCACUUUCUGUCUUCAUUUUAUUUGAAUUAACUCCUCUGUGGUCUUACAUUAUUGAACUUUCUUUGAUUUAUUUUUUUUUUCUUUUCAAACUUACAAACAAGGGUUGAAUGUAAGUGUAAUGGUAACUAAGGCUAGUCGCCCCUCAUGGCUGUGAAUGGAGAAUUAGACUACCGCUGCAGUGAACAUGCUUGGCCUGUAGAGGGAAGCGUUGUCCUAUGAAGGCUCCCAGCAGCUGAGCAGCACCUAAAUGAAGGUACUUGUUAUUUAGUGCCAUAAACUAAUGACGUGACGGCUCCUUUUUUUUAUUAGUGGGCCCUGCAAGCUCCUGAAGGCUGGCCAUUGUGUUGUUUGAAGUUUUUGUAAUUUCAAUUGUUGAUUAGCUUAUUUUUUUUAGUUUUCCUCCUUUGUCUUUAGUGGAGUGUCACAAAGUAAUUGUCCCAGGAUUUUGACAACAGAUCCCCCCACCCCCUUCUUUUUUUUUUUUUUCUGCUCCCACAAAUGAUUGUUUUGUGACCAACCUUUUGAGUAAGAACAGUGACCCUGACUGGAAGC